GGAGGGCCAACGCGGGGGUGAUUGUAAGCAAUUGGGAAGGGUGUUCGCUGCACGCAAUGAUAAGUCUACCUUCUUUAUUCCUGUUGUAAUCGUUUCAAUCGGCCAGUCAUGUCGGAGGGUGUCCGGGAGUGGCACGAAUUCGCUUUGACUCACGUGGAGUAUCCAGUUGGUGACAAUGUUGGCAAAGUCCUGUGCCUCUUCAGCCUGCUACCACAGGCACUCAUUGUCAGCUUCGUGACCCUUGUCAUGUUCAAGAGGGACCUGCACACAAUAUUCUUCUUCAUAGGUGUGUGUGCGUGCGAGGUGCUGAACAUCAUUCUGAAGCACACCCUUCAGCAAGCGCGGCCGUCGCUGAAGAGAACAAACUACAGCCUGUACGGCAUGCCGUCCUCCCACUCCCAGCUCUCGUGGUUCAUCGCCGGAUACCUGACUCUGUUCCUGCUCAUCCGGCUUCAUCACGUUCAAACAUCGUCACUACUGAUGAACAUGUGGAAGCAUAUGGCAGCCGUGUUGUGCUGCGUUUGCGCUGCAUUAGUAUCGUUCAGCAGGGUGUACCUGGAGUACCAUUCCUGGUGGCAGGUGGUCUGCGGAGCAGGCGUUGGCGUCGCCUUUGGUGUGCUCUGGUUCGUCUUCGUGCACUGGGUGUGCACACCGUUCUUCCCUCAAAUAGUGCAAUGGCGGAUCUGUGAGCUGCUGUUGAUCUGCGAUACCUCGCUCAUCCCGUGCAUCAUGUGGUUCGAGUACGCCAACAUCCGACAGGAGGCGCGCGCGCGCCAGCGCCGCCUGCACUUGUCCGCCAAGAGCCAAUGACGUCCGACCGGCGGCGCCAAGAAGCGACCGCCAUGACCCCCCCCCCCCCCCCCUUUCCCCUGGCGCGCUCCUUCCCCGUUCCCCCGGGCUCGACACCGAGCCCCGGAACCUGACGGAGCCGGGCCGGGCCGGACCUGAUCUGGUCCGUCCGUGCCCGCCUUGGCGCGACCCCGCCUCUCACCGCCGGUCAGGGGCGAGGCCGGGUGACACUUCAGGUCAGCAGGCCUGCCGGGUGGACGGCGGGUUUAGUGUCGGAGCAUCUGCGAUGGUAGUGGCGGCGAUGCCGGGCCGAAGACGGCGAGAGGCCGGCACCAGGCGGGAAUACUCUUGUUAGUCAGCUGACGCCGCCGGGCCGGCCGAUGCGCGCUAGGUGGGCCCUUACACUUGGAUACGUUACCCCCGUUGUGUCUUCGCCCUAUUGAUGCCCCUCCCCAUUCCCACGUUUUUGACCGGCGGCCAUCCACCCCUAAUAAGCUCUCUAUGCACUUGUAUCGGAAUAUGUGGGUGUGCGUCCGGGUGUUUGUUUCCAUGGGUACUCGCGUGGCCCACGGGUCUGCGCAGGCCGCUGGACCGUGCUGGACGGUGGGCGUGCUGUCACGGGUAUUUCUAUUUCGCCUCCGAUGGGCGCCCAGCCUGAGACGCUGGCUGCAGGACGUGGUUGGAGCACGCGGGGCUGGCCCGCUGGCCCGGUCUUCCUGACGCAGGGACUCGUGUCCCGCCCAACUGUUGUGGCGGUUGCCAUGGAAACGUGUUUACGCUAUUCUGGUGGCCUGCCUCGUCAAUAAUUGUGUGAUAGGUGUUUCUUCCUGAUGGUAACAAGCGCACAUUAUUACGGUAAUAAAGUGGGUUUUCACUG